ACACGUGGUCACCAAAUUACCUCAUAAGCAUCAUCAUUGCUAUUACCACGGAGAAGUGAGAGAAGGCAAUAUAUCUUCAGUUGCAAUAAGCACAUGCAAUGGUUUGAGUGGUAUGGUGCAUGUAGAUGGGGAGGCUUUGGCAGUAGAACCUCUGGAGGGGUCGCCAAGGCAACAUGUUGUUUAUCAUCAGAAGGAUGUAGUUAGCAAUGGAGAGAAAUUGGUGAUGGAUAUGAAGUAUGAAUCUGUUGGAGAACUGCCGGACAUUUCAAGUAAACAGCGCCACCGUAGGGAUAUCUUAUCCGAGACUAAAUACGUUGAAUUAGCCAUCGUCAAUGAUGAUGCUGAGUUCCGGCUACGAGGAGGUAUAGCGGCUGUACAAGAGAGAAGCAAACAACUUGUAAAUGCUAUGGAUAUGCUUUACAGAGCACUGAACGUCAGGAUAGCCCUGGUUAACGUGGAAGUUUGGACGAGUCCGCAGAUAGAGAUUACCCAUGAUGCUACUGCAAACCUCGGAAGAUUCCAGAUCUGGAGGAAAGAGUUGUACUCUCCAAGGAUGCAUAAUGACAAUGCUCAGCUCAUCACAGGAAUACCUUUCCAAGACAGCAUUGUUGGUAUGGCUGAGCAUGGGAAAAUGUGCACCGAAGACAAGUCAUGUGGAGUUAACACAGACAUUGAGCUCGAGCUAUCCAAACAGGCUGUAAUCCUUACUCAUGAGAUGGGGCAUAACUUUGGUUUUCAUCACAAUGCUCAGACAUGCUCCUGCCCUGAUAAGUCUUGUAUCAUGGAUGAUAUACUAGGAGAACCUCCUUCCACCCAGUUUUCUAGCUGUACUUUUGACACUAUGCAGGAGGUGCUUCAAAAGGGGUACGGGGUGUGUCUCCUAGACUACCCGAAAGAGUUCUUCGGAGGACCGGUGUGUGGGAACAAGUUCUUAGAACCGGGAGAGGAGUGUGACUGUGGAACACCUGAUGAAUGUGAUACUAAAUGCUGCGUACCCGAGACCUGUAGGUUCCAUGUGAAUGCUACGUGUGCUGAAGGAGAAUGCUGCGAUAGUGAGUGUCAGAUGUUAUCAGCUGGUACCCUGUGCAGGGAUAAAUACAAUCCAUGUGAUCUACCAGAGUACUGCACCGGAACUUCUGCUGAGUGCCCGGGUAACGUUUACCUCCAGAACGGAGAGAAGUGUGAUCGGAGAAACUCUGAUUCUCUCUGCUAUGACGGGCAAUGCCAUAGCUACCAACAGCAAUGUGAAGAAGUAUGGGGUAUUCAAAGAUCACCUGUGAGGGCGGGGGUUGAUGAGUGUUACGCUCUGAACGAGCAAGGCAGCCAUUUUGGAAGCUGUGGAGAGACGGACGUUAGACCAUGCCCAACGUCAACUGCUCCUGAUGGAAAGUGCUACAAGGCUUGUGAACCUGAGAACAUGAGGUGUGGACGUCUGAUGUGUGAGAACGUACCCGCCAGACCCGUCCUAUCCAGCAUCGCCACCAUCGCUCCAGCACGGGUCUAUGAUUCCAACAAUCAAGUUCACAUCUGUAAAACGGUCUCUCUUAACUUUGGAGCGGACGUUCUUGAUCCAGGCUAUGUGGCUGAGGGAACCAGUUGUGCUGAGGGAAAAAUAUGUUUGAACUUCCAAUGUCAAAACAUCAGUGGUGUUGGGAUCAGACCCUGCCCUUAUAACUGCAAUGGCAAUGGAGUGUGCAAUAGUAAGAGUCACUGUCACUGCAACCAAGGGUGGGCCCCACCCCUCUGUAACACCGUAGGCUACGGGGGCAGCAUCGACUCCGGACCAGCUUUACCCCGGGAUAACAUUGUUGUAGUCACCCAUACCGUGACUAAAGUGAUAACCCGCUAUCUACCCGUAAGUGGCCCCACCCUCUUGGGUGUGUCAACUGGAACCGUCGCUGCUCUUCUCGUUCUCUUCAUAGUCAUCUUCCCUCUACUGACCGUCUGUGGUGUCGUUAUCUAUUGUAAGCGACAGAGACUUCGUCAGAUGCUCAACAAGAGCCGGGAGGCUAGGACUGGGCAUCAGUCAUUUAGGAACAGCCCUGGUAGCAAUGGAGCAACACGUAAGACUGUGACUGUCACACGCACCCCAUCAGUUCGAGCUUCCCCUCCGACCAUAGAGCACAUCCCAAACAAAAGCACCGGUAACGUGGUCCACGACGUCUACCCUCUUAUCCCAACGGGACCUAGCGUCAGCUACAAGCCUGAUAGACCACCAGCAAGACCUAGUUCCCCACCUCCAGGACAGACCUCCAGACCACCACCCUUACCCUCAGCAGCACCAACGCGCCCCUCCCAGACUCCAGCCAAACCAACAGCCCCUCCAAGCCGCCCACAGGUUCCUAGGUUCAAACCCACUGCUCGGUCCCAAAGCUUUAACUUUCCUGCCAAAUCAGAACCAGGUUCUGGUGCGAGGUCGGUAGCACCGCCUGGGCGACCCAAACCGCCAACACCCCCGUUUAAGCUUGCACCACCCCCAUCAUCACCCCCACCUGUGCCCGACUCGCAACCACCCACCAUGAACAUUACUGGUGCCAGAGCGGCGCUAAAACCCAUAUCACGGCCACGCCCAAACGUGAAUUCCAACAACUCAAAGGACUGUGAUUGGAAGCAAGGUGGUAACCUCAUUACUAAAGACAAUCAAGAGGGGGAGCCCUUCAUCGCUAAAAAACCAACAGUAGCCAAGAAGCCAUCGAUAUCCAGAAAACCUCCUUUGCGCCCUGGUAGACCCCCGCUACGCACCCAAAGCAUGAGAGAACCUCCUGCAUCUCAUUAAUCAUCUUGAAAAGGUGACCUUUGACCUUUAGUCGUCAAGGAGGUCAUCUUUCAGUGUGUGUUACUCUCUGAUUUGUCUUUCCUAUUUUUAUGUUCUUUUAUCAAGUUACUUUCAGACUAUCUAAGCAAUACACAUGUAGAUAUUCCUUGUAUAUGUUUUAUUUUACUUGUACUUUUCAUUCAAUCUUGUAUUACCCCCAAAUUUUUUUGAAUCGUUGUGAGAGGAUUGUUUCUUAUAUGCAAAGUGAUUUAGGUCUUUAGAUUCUUACUACUUGGAUCAUCUUUUUAUAUUUAGAUAUACAAAACAAUUUACUUGUGUAUCUAUCAUGUAAAAGUGAUUAAUCAUACAAAUUACUUUGGAUUGUUAUUCUAUUUGAUGUAUCCUUUUUAAAACUGGCCAAACCCUGUUAUCGCGAUGCUUAGAUACCAGUGUAUUUCCUUCUUCUUUCCUCCUUUUCUAUAUUUGAUAUAUUCAUGUAUUUGAAUAUGAAACCUGAAUUUUCUUUCUCUUUGAGCCUUCAACCAUAGUGUAUGUCUUGAUUUGCUAAAUUGCAUAUUAAAGCAAAAGAUGACUUGUGAAGGCAAAACCUUCCACUGUUUGAUUUUGAUUAUGCCAGGGGUUUCAGCAAGCAAAUGAUACCUUUUCUUUCUGUUUUCAUUUUCUUCUUUCUAGUUUACCCUUAAUGUCACUAUGACUAAGAACCUCCAUAAUACCACCAAAAUAUAUUUUAUGAAUAUGAUUAUUUGAGACAGCUAAAUAAGGUUUUAUGAGACUGAUUUUUUCUUAAAGUAGUAUCAUUUUUUUAAUUGUUCAUUUAAAUACAAGCAAUGUUUCAUUGUAUCUAAUAAGUAAGAAAUCUAUUAUGAAUUUCAAGAAAAAAUGGCAAGCUUUUCAUUUUCUAAAUACAAUAUAUGACGUUCAAAUUUGGCUGGUUUAUCCCACCUAUUUGAAUAAUAAUAGUGGGUUCUUGUACAGCGCUCAUGUCUGUCAUAUGUGACACUCCUGGCGCUCCCAAUUAUAAUAUUAUAUUAUAAGAAUAAUUGGGUAAUCAUAAUUCAAAAUUGAAUUAGUUAAAGAGAGAAUUUAAGUCUGAAUAUUUGUAAGGUUCAUGUGUGAUUUGAAGUAUUUGCGACAUGUAUGUUCAUAGCUUCUGAAGACGUGUUUUUAAUGAUAUAUUGCUGCUGUGUGCUUGACAUUCCAUUAUCAGUACUGCAUAAUUGAAGAGAAAUGAAAAGAUAUGACUUGUGCAGUGGCUCUUAUGCAGAGGGGACCUUGUGUCAUUCAUUUCAACUGCCCACUUUGAAUAAAGUUCAAUAAUUUGAUGAAAGAUUGCAGCUUAUGAGCGGCAAUUGGCCUGAAGCAAAUGUAGCUUGUAAAUCUAUUCAACUCUGUAUAUGCAAUCCUGUCAAUUUGUCAGUUGUUGAUUUCGAUCUGCAAAUGAAAAAAUUGAUUUGAAUUGCUUGUAUCCUGCUAAGUAAAAAGCUUAAAAAGCUUAAAAAGCAUAAUGAAGUAGUCCUGUGCCAAAAUGUACUGACUGGCAAUCCAAAAAGGGUAGAAGUAGGAACAGAAUAAAGUACAAAGCAAGUAGAGAGUUGCGUAUUUCACUUGGUGCAGGAUACAGUUAUCUGUGGGAUAUGAUAGAGGUGUAGUAUUUGUAUAUCUAUCAUGCUUAUGAUUCGGUAUGUGUAAAACAGUUGAUGAUUUCAAGUGUAUUUAUUACAUGCAGGAAACAGUAUACAGUUUGCAAUUUUUGUAUGAUGGUGCAAUGCAAUAUACAACUCAACCACGAUUUACAACCAGAUUUAAAAAAAAUAUAAGGUAUGAUUUUUUUUUGUAUUAGCUACAUAAUAUCUUUUGAUAAACUGGGUUCUUCUCAGCUAAUUAAUUUAGCUGUUACGAAUACUUUCUCAUUAUUUCAAAGAAAGGAUAUCUUUCUUUUGAAAUAAUUUCAGUGACAAUUGAUACAUCAUGUUUCAGAUUUUGGAUACACCUGACCAUUAGAACAGAUCCAUUAAAAAAAAAA